GCGCCGGGCGGAGGCCGCGGUGGCGGUGGAGGCUGAGGCCGGGGGAAGUGAAUGGUUUUACCCAGAGGGCCGUGCGCCGCCUUUCUCCGCUGGCCCCGGCGCGCCCGGCAGCUCCUCCCCGGCCAUGGCGUUCACUUUCGCGGCCUUCUGCUAUAUGCUAGCGCUGCUGCUUACCGCCGCGCUCAUCUUCUUCGCCAUCUGGCACAUCAUAGCUUUUGAUGAGCUGAAGACUGAUUACAAGAAUCCUAUAGACCAGUGUAAUACCCUGAAUCCUACAGUUGAAAAGGUCAAAAAGAUUAAAAGAGUCAAAAUUGCACUAAAGCUUGUACUUCCAGAGUACCUCAUCCAUGCUUUCUUCUGUGUCAUGUUUCUUUGUGCAGCAGAGUGGCUUACACUGGGUCUCAAUAUGCCCCUUUUGGCAUACCAUAUUUGGAGGUAUAUGAGUAGACCGGUGAUGAGUGGCCCUGGACUCUAUGACCCAACGACCAUCAUGAAUGCAGACAUUCUAGCCUACUGUCAGAAGGAGGGAUGGUGUAAACUAGCUUUUUACCUUCUAGCCUUUUUUUACUACCUAUACGGCAUGAUCUAUGUUUUGGUGAGCUCAUAGAACAACACAGAAGAAUUGGUCCAGUUAAGUGCAUGCAAACCGCCACUAAUGAAGGGAUUCUAUCCAGCAAGGUCCUGUUUCCAAGAGUAGCCUAUGGAAUCUGAUCAGUUACUUUAAGAAAAAAAAUGACUCCUUAUUUUUUAAAUGUUUCCACAUUUUUUGCUUGUGGAAAGACUGUUUUCAUAUGUUAUACUUGGAUAAAGACUCUAAAUGGAAUUACGUAUAAAUUAAUAUAAAAAAUGAUUACCUCUGGUGUUGACAGGUUGAACUUGCAUCUUAAGGAACAGCCAUAACCCUCCGAGUGAUUGCAUUAAUUGCUGACUGCCCUGAGUCCUUUGGGAGCUUUGUUAGAGGGCUCCAUAUAAAUUAGCUGUAGAUAUGAGGUGCUUCUGGUGAACUGAAAAUGUGUAUCUGACUUGUGGGAAACAUCGCAGGUUUCCUCACUUAUCACUGUAGAUGAUUGUGUAUGGAUACAACAAUAAGAAGAGUGGGAUUCCUUUCCCUGUCGACUUGAAUAUUAUCCCUAUGUAUUGCAUGAGAGAGGGCUUUCCCUCCUUUCCAUCAGAGUAAUCAAUACACUUGCUUUAAUUCUUAAGCAUAAGUGAUACAAGCAUAUGCUGAAUUACCUGUAAAGAAUGCAUUUAAAGCUAUUUUAAAUGUGUUUUUAUUUGUAAGACAUUAUUUACUAAGAAAUUGGUUAUAUUAUGCUUACUGUCCUAAUCCAGUGGUCUAGGUAUUCUUAAGAAUUUGCAAGUACUUUAGAUUUUCAAAAAUGAAUUUGAGAACUGUGUAACCACCCUGCUGUUCCUUCAGUGCAACACAAUAAAACUCUGAAAUGAAGAUG